ACUAUGUUUUCAGAGAGGCACAAAUAUUCUGGCAAUUGACAGGUUUCUUCUGUCAUGGACAGAUGGAGUACAUACUGGCAAAAUCCAGGAUACUUUGGAGACACAACUGGAUAUCAGCCUUUGCUGCUUUGCUUCUGCUUUUGAGGGGAAGAGCCCAGCCUUGCCCUCCAAUGUGUCAGUUCUGCUCUACUGAUAGAGCUGAAUGUGAGGAAGUUGCAUCACUCCAAACAGUUUUAAUAGGUUUGCCAAACAUCACAGAAAAGAUAGUUCUGCGGCAUGGGAACCUCAGCGAGAUCCCUCCACAGUCCUUCCAAAAGUUCCCCAACCUUCACUUCUUGUCAAUCACCGGGUUUCCGGUCUCUUCACUGACAGCCCUCACCUUUUCCCCAGAUCAUGCCAACAGCCUGUGGAGUUUGGAUCUCAGCAAUAACCACCUGCUCAGUUGCAGUAUACACCCAAUGGUUUUCUCCCGUCUUGUGACUCUACAGGAAUUGGCUCUGAACAACAACUCUUUGGACAUCUUGCAAAGUCCUUGGUUCUUGGGACUGAUGGCCCUCAGUAAACUCUCUCUUGCCCUGAACAGAAUUUCAUACCUUCCUCCCAGGAUGUUUGAAAACUUAGCCAGACUGGAAGAACUGGUGAUUUCCUCCAAUGAGAUCCAGUAUCUCUCCAUGGAUACCUUUUACGGGCUGGCCUCGCUGGCUCAACUGGACUUAUCAAACAACAAGAUCCUAUUUAUCAACAAUGACGCCUUCCAGCCCUUGAAAGCACUCAGGCAUCUCCUGUUGUCCAAUAACAGGUUGACGGCGUUGCCCGUCCUUCCGAAUUCAAUCACCUCUUUGCUCCUUCACUCAAACCCCUGGGACUGCAGCUGCCAGCUGGUGGUUUCUGUAGAAUCCUGGGUGAACACAAUUCAGGAAGCUGCUCUGGUGGUCUGCAGCACCCCACCCAGACUCGCAGGCUGCCAGGUGAUACGUGCCAGACUUGAAGUUUGUUCUUCUUCAUCCUCAGAUUCAAACCUUCCACCAUCAACCAUCUGGAAUCUCAGCUUCCUUUAUGGCUUCUUAGGAGGACUCUUCAUUGGCUUAAUGCUGUUCCUGAUCUUCUGUUGCUGCUUAAAACUCUGCAAAUGCCCAUCAAUGAGAGGUCAGGCAGAAGGCAAGAAAAGUUUUCUGCAUGAGCCCACUGGUGUCUUCCUGGGGAAAGCGACAGCCACAAGAGCAGAUCCACAGAUCCUUGGCAGCUUUCCAGUAAUUGGGAAUACAAUGAUUGGCUUUGAAGUGGGCAACUUGGCAAGGGGGCCAUGCGAUCACUUACAUGAGACCUUCAGAACUUGCAACAUGGAACAAAUGAGACCCACAGCUGAGCGACCACUGGUAGCCCUGUUAUCGGUGGACAGAGUAACAAAUAAAACCGUUGUGACUCUGUGUGAGAAAGGAAAUGAAACUGCAGGCUCAAGGGGUGAAUGGAUCCAUAGUCCAAGCCAGCUGCCCGGGUUUCUGGGUGAUGCUGGACAACAAUGUUUUGCGCAUGGUGAACACAAAUCCUGUGGCUCAUCUUUUCAGCACACAACUUCAAAUCAGACAGAGAGGAUAGGAUCUGUUUUUCCAGUGGUAGGGUGGGGUGUUGACCCUCGGUCGGAUGAACGGACUUCCAAAUCCGAUGCUGUUCAGCCACCCCGAGCAUCGAUUCACGAAGACUUUCCAGCUGGAAAUGUCAUGAAGAUGCAGAGAGCAGUGGGCCGUGCAACCUCGUCCCAGAGAGACGAGCCUUCGAGGAGCGGCUGUCACAUCAAUGCUUCUCACAGCUGGUCAGAGAUGGAGGGGAAGACGUCUUCUCCUGCUCGUUCCUAUCCCCCUGGCUUUCCAUCUCCGAGCUACGUGGAAACCUCUGAAAAGAGACACUGGCAAGAAGAAGGUUUCACGGAGAGGAGAAAUCUUAAAAGCAGAGCCAAAAGUGGAGAAUCCUUUUGGAAAGCUGGUCUUGAUUCACAAGCCUAUCGCUUACGGUUGAGCAGGAGCAGCAGAAAACUGUUGGGUAAUCUCCGUCAGGUUCCAAGCUAUGAAGCAACCCCGACCUCUUCCCUUUCCAGCAGCUCGAGCUCCUAUUCUGUUGCCCUUCAACCUAGGAAACGCACAAGAUUUUCCCUACACUUAUGUGCUGCUCCCCGAAGGAGAAAAACGAGUCUUGUACAUAAGAAGCCCAGGAGGCAGCAAACAGAUCUCAAUGUUGCUAUGGCAAGGGACGCAUCCACUGUAGAGAAACUCUGGGAAUGUCCAAUAUGUGGCUGUGAAGAGUCCCACCAAUGUUUAAUUGCUCAGAGAAGGCUUGAUCGACAGGCUGAUGCUGUGCCUUCAAAAGGGUUGUUAGAUGUAGCUAGCCAACGGCGCUCCUCCUUUACAGCUCCUCUUAAAGAUCAUGAAACAGCCCAGCCUUCGCUUGUCCCACAUCAAAAUACUGAGAAUUUGUUAGCCGGAGACUUGUUGGAGCCACACCCGCAUCGUUCCCUUGGGAUUUCUCUCGGUGGACCAAGUGAAGAGGAGGAGGAACCUACUGAUGAAUAUCCCCAGCUGCUGUGUGCAAAAUCUACUCCAAGAACAGAGCUGUCUCAGCAAGCACCUGACGGGGACUUCCCAGUGGCAGAGAAGACAGUUACACAAGUGAUUCUAAGAGAGGAAGGUGGUGUGGGGAUGGUUCAUACUAUAACUGAGGUUGGUUCUAUGACAGUUCAUUCCAUAAAGAAUGGAAAGGUCAGAUCCUUGGGAGAAGAAAUGUACAAUGCACAGGAACAGGUGCAGGCUAUUGCCCGUGCUUUUGACCAAUGUUUAGCCGACCAAGAGAAGGCUCAGGUGGACACAUCCUCCGGUAUGCUACAGCUGAGUCCUUGCCUGGUUGACAGAAGCAGCAGUGAAAUGAGCUUUGGGGGGCGUGAGGAACGCAGCUUGUGGGAAGCCAACAAUAGAGGCCACAGUGAAAUGAGCUUUUCAGAGGAUGAGGAGCCCAAAUUGUGGGAGGCCACCAACGUCACUUCGAGCUACCCUUUGGUUCAGAGAAUGUUCCAGAUUGACUUUCCUCUUUCAAAUGAAGAGUAA